AUGCCGGCUGAUGGCGUGAGACACACGGUAGUGACGCCCGAUAACCAUGGGCCCAUCAUCCAGAUCGUGAGCUGGUUCGCCAUGGUGGUGAUGAUUCUGGCCACCGCGCUGAGACUGGCAGUCCGGUAUCUGACAUCCCAUAUCCCGGGAAUGGACGAUGCCAUCGUUGUAGGCUCCAUGGUAAAUAUAUCACCCCAGAGGCGCAACAUCAAGUUGGAUGUAGUUAUUGGAAUGAAGCUGACUAGAGCGCAGCUUGUCAAUAUCGGCGGUGUCAUAGCCAUAUCCAUGGCAGUCAAUCACGGCCUGGGACAGCGCGAGUCAAAGCUGACUGAAGCCCAGAUCUCAAAAGCUGGACAGGACGUGUUUGUCUCAUCGAUAAUGUAUAUCCUGGCCAUUUCCCUGGCAAAGCUCUCCACUCUCAGUUUUAUCGAGCGCGUGGUGCCAGCAAACAAAUAUAGAGGCGGGAUCAAGGGCUCCCUGAUCUUCCUGCUGGCUUGGACAGUGAUAGCAAUCAUUGUCUAUGGGUUCCAGUGCAGCGCCUCUGCACCUUGGGAUCCGCGUUCCGAUGCAAAAUGUUUCAACAUAGUCGCUUUCUGGUCUGCCGCCACAGGAAUAGAUGUGUUUACUGACCUCUGCUUGAUCGUGGUUCCGGGGUGGAUUGUAUGGGACUUGCACAUGAACAAGACGCAGAAGAGGAUCGUCUUUGGCGUGUUUGCCAGUCGUGGAGUUGUGAUAGCAGCGUCUAUCCUUCGAGCAACAUAUUUCAAGGAUAUUGACGGCCACGGGGAUCCCAUGUUCGACAGCGUCCCCUACCAUGUUACAACGCAGUGCCAUGCAAUGCUGAACACAAUCAUUACCUGUCUCCCUGGCUUCAAACCCUUCAUGGACAGGGCAAAUACGGGUCUACUCAGCAUCUCAUUUAAAAGCCGCUUGGCAGGCGGAGUAUACGAUAACACUUUUACCGAGUAUGCCAUGACAAGUUUGAGGCGCGUGGUCAACCCGCGUGGAAUUGGGGCAUCAGGACAGCGGCAGCUCAAGAGUGUCAAGGGCUCAAUACAGAACAAGUUUGGGGGUACUCAGCGAUCGUUUAGACCCGAUGACUACAGCCAACAUGCGGAUGCUUUCUCAGACAGCAGGAUCCUUAAUGGAGGCCCCUCCCAGACUGAAGACGAAGGGUCCGAUAGACUCAUCAUCCGGUAUACAACAGACUGGACAGUCCAUGUGCAGGAUGAGCACCGCUCGAAUUCUGAUGCAACGAGUCGAUAA